AUGUCCGCCUCUUCCGCUGCGCCACAGAAGAAGGCGCCCACAAUAGACGCCCUUACUGCCAAUCUUCACUCCACCAGCCUUAGUGCCUCCAAUUCGAACGCAUUCGAUCCUCGCGCUCUCUCAUCUGCCGACCUCAAGAAGCUCCUGCUCGAGCCAGUGGAUGACAGCACUAGAUCGAUACCGGCGUCAUUACCAUCUCAGCCUACCCACACGAGCUCCUCUUCGAACAACGACGCCGCCGCCAAAGAGCGGGACCCCCCCUCCACCGCUGAACCCCAAGCCAAGGGCCUUGUUAAGUACAUCGCAGACCGUGUCGCUUACGAAGGAGGCGAAUUCGUCCUGCGCAUCGGCACGCCUGAACCUCGAAACGAUGCCACCAUCACGAGCCUAUUCACCGAAGAUGAGCUGUCAUUUGCCAUUGCGAAUGUGAUCAAGGCUGCUAGCUUAUCUGACGCCGAUGCCAGUCUUCUCCACCAGCAGGCUACAGAGGACGGCAAGGGCAGGUCCGCCCACGUCCUCAUCCGCAGAAUUCCCGCUGGUGCCGAAGAGCUGGUCGAGCUACGUAUUGCCGUCAUUGGCAAUGUCGACGCUGGCAAAUCCACGAUGCUAGGAGUGCUCACUAAGGGAGGUCUCGAUGAUGGCAGAGGCAAAGCCCGUGUCAACCUCUUCAGGCACAAGCACGAGGUCGAGUCCGGUCGAACUUCAUCCGUCGGAAUGGAGAUCAUGGGCUUCGACUCCAAGGGAAAACCUGUGCACAACGUCGUUGGUCCUGGGCAGGAGCCUGGACGCAAGAUGUCGUGGGAAGAGGUAUGCGCCAAGUCCAGCAAGGUCAUCUCCUUCAUUGAUCUCGCUGGGCACGAGCGUUACCUCAAAACGACGGUCUUCGGCAUGACGGGAUGCCUUCCUGACUUUGUCAUGCUGAUGGUCGGUGCCAACGCGGGCCUCAUCGGCAUGUCCAAGGAGCAUCUCGGCAUUGCUCUGGCUCUCUCGGUGCCCGUGGUGGUGUGCAUCACCAAGAUCGACAUGACGCCAGCUCAUGUUUUGGAGACGACGCUCAAGCAGCUCACCAAGAUACUCAAGUCGCCCGGCUGCCGCAAGACGCCCGUGUUUAUCAACGAUAUGGGUCAAGUGGUGGAAUCGGCGCUGCGACUCGAGACGGAGCGUAUCUGCCCCAUUUUCCAGAUCUCCAACGUUACUGGGCUCAACCUCGAUCUCUUACGCAGCUUUCUGAACAUCCUACCGCAGGCGAGUGCGGCCAAGUUCCAGGUGGAUCAGCCGUUUGAGUUCCAGAUCAGCGACAUCUUUUCGGUGCCGUUCGUCGGUACGGUUGUUUCCGGGGUUGUGCUGGCGGGCAGCUGCAAGGUAGGAGACUCGGCGCUGCUUGGGCCAGACAGCUUGGGCCAGUUUGUAAGCACCUCGAUCCGCAGCAUUCAGCGCAAGCGCGUCCAUGUGGACGGAGCCACAGCGGGUCAGAGUGUGUCGUUUGCGCUCAAGAAGAUCCGCCGCAACCAGGUGCGGAAAGGCAUGGUGAUGGUGGCACGCACCGAGGUGGCGCCCAAGAGCUACAUGGAGUUCGAUGCCGAGAUCCUGUGUCUGUACCACUCGACCACGCUGUCGGUGGGCAGCUGCAUGGUACUGCACGCUGCGUCUAUUCGACAGACGGUGCGCAUUGUGGGCAUCGCCAAGCUCGACGGUCAGCCCACUAUCGGUCCCGGAGCAGGUGGGGUAGAUGCGCAUGGAGGCAAGCCGGUGGUUCGUACGGGCGACCGUGCCAAGCUGCGUUUGCAGUUUAUCCGAUACCCCGAGUACGUCAAGCCGGGCAUGAAGCUCAUCACUCGCGAGGGGAAGACGAAGCUCAUCGGUGUGGUGCGUGCUGUAGGACAGUCUGGGCCGCUGAACGGUGGGGGGGCUACUUUGGGUAAUGUGGCGGGAGCGGCGGCGAAUGUUCCACCUGCUGCGCAUGCCGCUACUGCGUAUCCUGCGCCGGCACUUGGGGUCAAGUGA